GUUUGCCAUUAUUGAUAGACUCGUACGAAUUGUGUUUACUUUCUUAUUCAUAACCGAUUUAACCUUGCUAUACUUAGAUCAAUAGAAUGGGGUGAAUGACCUAAAAGUGUGCUCGUCAUAUUGUUGGAGAGCUUGAAUAUCUGGAUCUAGUGGAGACUGAUGUUCAAGUCUCGACUUUAAGACAGAAACCAACGAAACCUAAUUGAAAUGGCUCACUGGGGAUACACAGACAAAAAUGGUCCAUCCACCUGGAAAGAUGGAUUCCCUAUCGCCGAAGGCAGCCGACAGUCGCCGAUUGACAUCGUGCUGUCAGAGGCGGUGUAUGACGUUGGGCUCAUGGCCGGCAUUCCUCUUGGUGUCGACUACAAACCGGAAGACGAGACCCUUUUGCAGAACAACGGGCACAGCGUCAUGUGCCAGAUCACCAAGCCUGGAUUUUUGACCGGUGGUCCACUUGGCAACCAGAAGUUCCGCCUAGAGCAGUUCCACCUGCACUGGGGAGCAGACGACAACCGAGGAUCGGAGCAUACAAUUGACGGGAAGAUGUUCGCAUCCGAGCUGCACCUGGUCCACUGGAAUACAAAGUAUGACAGCUUCGCGGAGUCCGUUACCAAGAGCGACGGACUCGCCGUCCUCGGGAUUAUGAUCAAGCCCGGCCACACCCACAACGGGUUCUCCGCCGUCUCGGACAACUUGACGACGUUGAGCAAGCCCGGUAGCAAGGCCUCGUUACCCGUCUCCCUCAAUCCCACCAGCUUGUUACCAGACAACAUCAGCGCCUACUGGACGUACGAGGGCUCCCUCACAACUCCGCCCCUCUUUGAAAGUGUCCAAUGGAUUGUCUUUAUGGAACCCGUGGAAUUCUCUCACCAACAGCUGACCGCUCUUCGCAGUCUCACUGAUUCCGACGGACAUCACAUGCAGGACAACUACCGACCUCCUGUGCCAACAAAAGGGAGAAAAGUCAGGGCAUCCUUUCAAUAAAAAAACAUUUAUGAAUUACUUCCCUUAUCAUAUUCUAUUUUAUCGUAUUUCAAACGCAUAUUUGUAACCUGGAUGAUGUAAACACGAUCUCGUAUUCAUUUAUAUGUUAAUAUCCGUUUUCAUAUUUUGAAACGAAUAGCCAACACGGAUCAAAAGCAACUAUUGUGCAAUAUUGUGUGUACAUGAGCAAACGAUUUGGAAUUGCAUUUCCUUGAAUCAGCAUUAACAUUUAAUGAAGUAUCAAUAUUCUGAACUUGUCAAAAGUGAGUAUAAUGAUUUGUAGUUUUUUCAGUGGUAUAAUAAAGUACUUUACCCAUAUGCGGAUUUAAACGGCGUUUCAAUGUUCACGGUUCGAUUCUUUCAUUCCCGAAAAUUUUAAUGAAAACGUGAUGUGAUGGACGUGCGAAGUCAAUUUACUGUUAGUUAUUAGUUAUAAUGUAACAACUGUUUGGUAGUUUAACAUAGAAAACAAAUGAUGGCAAAAUGCCGUUUUCACCAAGGCGAAAAUCACUUGCAAGAAAAACAGUCAAAAUAUUAAGAUUCUAGUGUCUAAAUAUGUAACGUACACAGUAUAUUUAUUUAACUUAAAUUUUAUAUUGGAGAUUGAUGCAGUAAUGCAAAGACAACGUUUGGUUUGCAUGUCAGUUUGCGCCUUAACACUUUUAGUUUUUGUUGAUACAGAGUGUACAUAUACGAAAAUAAAAUCUAGGGAAUAUACACUAAAGGCAUCUGCAACUGUUGCAUAAAAUAUGUUCUUACAUAACUAGUGCACAUGCACUGAAUUUUUCUUGGUGUCUAUAUUUUAGCAAAACAAUCAAGACAAUAUUAUCCGCAGUGCGGAGAGAAUUUGGUUGUCACUAUUUACUGUCUUGAAUUUACUAUCUACAAUAAAUACGAGCACAUGUUUACAGAUUUGUAUAGGGCAUUGUGGUAUUAUGAAUUUUCUGAUUCCAUUUUGUUAAAUUGAUCGUUUUCAGACGUUAUGAUUAAGUAUUAAGUAACAAUAUUAUAAACUUUAAAUUGUCAAUGCUAACGUAUACUGCUCGCAUAUGAAUAAUUUUUGUUUUGUACACGAACGCUAUGUUCUGAUUGCAUUUUCUGGUGUCCUACUGAUAUACUUCUUUUUACGAACUGCAUUUUAACAUUUUUUUGCGCGCUUCGGCUUCAAGUGUGUGUAACUCUAAAUAUAAGUCUACAUUCAGCCAUGUAUUGUGUAAUCAGAAUUUGAUGUUAUAUUUAUGCCCCCCUGCGAAGAAAGGGGGUAUAUUGCUUUGCACAUUUCGGUCGGUCGGUCUGUCAAUCUGUCGGUCCGUCCACCUGGUGGUUUCCGGAUGAUAACUCAAGAACGCUUAGGUCCAGGAUCAUGAAACUUCAUAGGUAGAUAGAUCGUGACUCGCAGAUGACCCCUCUUGAUUUUGAGGUCUUUAGGUCAAAGGUCAAGGUCAUGGUGACCCGAAAUAGUAAAAUGGUUUCCGGAUGAUAACUCAAGAACGCAUGUGCCUAGGAUCAUGAAACUUCAUAGGUAGAUUGACCAUGACUUGCAGAUGACCCUAUUGAUUUUGAGGUCACUAGGUCAAAGGUCAAGGUCACGAUGACCAGAAAUAGUAAAAUGGUUUCCGGAUGAUAACUCAAGAACGCAUACGCCUAGGAUCAUGAAACUUCAUAGGUAGAUAGAUCAUGACUCGCAGAUAACCCCUAUUGAUUUUGAGGUCAGUAGGUCAAAGGUCAAGGUCACGGUGACCCGAAAUAGUAAAAUGUUUUUCGGAUGAUAACUCAAGAACACAUACGCCCAGGAUCAUGAGACUUCAUGAGUAGAUUGAUCAUGACUCGCAGAUGACCCAUAUUGAUUUUCAGGUCACUAUGUCAAAGGUCAAGGUCACGGUGACCCGAAACAGUAAAAUUGUUUCCGGAUGAAAACUGAAGAACGCCUUUGCCUAGGAUCAUGACACUUCAUAGGUCCAUUGAUCAUGACUCGCAGAUGACCCCUAUUGAUUUUCAGGUCACAAGUUCUAUAUAAUUUUACAUACAUACAUACAUACAUACAUACAUAUAGGCAUUAUGCAUAUAAACUAACAAAUUUGUGAACAUUUCAUUACUUAAUAUAUAGGUCCGACAUAUAAAAUAAUUUUUUUUUUUUUAGACCACCCAUCCGCCCCAAUUUUCCCCAAAAUUUGGAUGAGAAUCUAGUUAUUUAUUUUCUAUGGCCUUAUACUUAUCUACUUUGACAUCUUAAGUACUGUGUGAGUGGUAAGACGUGAUAUAUUACAUCAGAUAAUGUUGUACAUUAUUGAGUGUCUACUUUGUGAAAUAAUAUGUCUGUGUUCAGUCUGACACAUUUUUCAUCAUACAGCUUUUAAGAUGCAUAAGAUAUAUGUUGAUUGUACGAAGCAUUCACGAAGUCGUUUGCCAAUUUAUUGUAUUUAUAUUCAAAAAUAUGGGUAAUCACACUUUGGUUGUUGUGAAUGUUUUUAAAGGUUCACAGAUUGUCAAAAUGAUAUUUCUCCAACAUUAAAUAACAGAUUAAAAAAUAAAAGAACAAUUUACAUCAGGGAGCACAAGUUCACUUAUGACGUAGACUUGUACUGAAAAUACAGUGUUGUUUUUGAAAAAUCAUUUUGUGAAAUGGAUGAAAUCAUCAAGCAUUAUGAAAGCAAAGUGGUUGAAUAGUAUGGAAUGGGUCUGUUGUUUUUGUUAAGUUAAUGUAUUUUUGUGUGCGAUUAGACAACACGUUGAAUUGUAUGGGUAGUUUAUUUUAAUACUAUUUUAUUGCUUUUGUCUAUAAAUGUUUAUAAUAUUAUAUAUAAAGAAACCAAAGUGCAUAUGUGAGUUACAAUGAGAUCUUUACAUAGGUAAAGAAGCUUUGAGCUUGAAGAUGAGAAAAAAUGUUUGGGUCAGAAGUUUUAGUAAGAUAAGAUGCUGAUCUCUAUUAAUUGAAUGGGUAGCUAUAUACUGAAUAAUGAUAUAUUUCAAAUCCAAUAUUGGAACAAAUGUAUUAGGAGCAUUAGGUGUCUAUACAUCAGAAUGAUUUAUGCUUCAGAAUGUUUUAUGCUUUAAGUGAAUAAAUUAGAUACAAGUUUAUUUAUGCUUUGAAAUAUUUUAUAUUAACCAAUUUCAACCUGCAAGCGUCCCUGCCAUUUUGCAUGCGACUAUAGUGCUCAUAUGACGCUUAUGUUUCCCUAAACUGGCAUAAUUAAUUAGCCUCAAUGCAUUCUUUCCAUGCAAAUAAAUAAUAAAUAACCA